CGGGUGAGUUCUCUUGCGCUCGGUGGUUUCUGCUCCUCUCUGUCAUCCGGAAUGGCCGCCGCUGCUGCAGCAGGAAUAAAUAAGCAGGGCGCCACAGCGACCAUGGAGCCGUGUGUUCGACACGGCAGAGGGGCCAGCGGGAGCACGGUGAAGGUCCUUGAGUGCGGUGUGUGUGAGGAUGUCUUCUCCCUCCAGGGGGACAAAGUCCCUCGUCUUCUGCUCUGUGGACACACAGUGUGCCAUGAUUGUCUUACCCGGUUGCCUCUCCAUGGCAGAGCAGUGCGCUGUCCUUUUGACAGACAAGUCACAGAGUUAGGUGACUCUGGAGUUUGGGGUCUGAAGAAGAACUUUGCUCUGCUUGAACUCCUGGAGAGACUGCAGAAUGGUGCCAGUAACCAGUCGGGAAUGGCCGAGGAUGCCCUGAAAGGAAUGGGAGAAUGUGUUAUCCGCUGUGAUGAGGACGAGAGCCACACUGCCUCCAUGUAUUGCACCGUGUGUGCCACCCACCUGUGUGCCGAGUGCUCCCAGCUCACACAUUCCACCCGCACAUUGGCAAAACACCGUCGGGUGCCCCUGGCUGACAAGCCCCAUGAGAAGACCCUUUGCCCACAUCAUCAGGUUCAUACCAUUGAGUUUGUCUGCCUGGAGGAGGCAUGUCAGUCUGGACCCUUAAUGUGUUGUGUGUGUAAAGAGUACGGCAAGCACCAGGGCCAUAAGCAUGCCGUUCUGGAGACCGAAGCUAAUCAGAUCCGCGCAUCCAUUUUGGAUAUGGCCCACUGCAUCCGUACCUUUACAGACGAAGUGUCCGAGUAUUCCAGGAAGUUGGUGGGAAUUGUGCAGCAAAUAGAAGGUGGAGAGCAGAUUGUGGAGGACGGAGUUGGCAUGGCGCACACUGAACAUGUCCCUGGUACUGCAGAGAGUGCGCGCUCCUGUGUCCGUGCGUACUUCGCAGACCUCCAUGAGACUCUGUGCCGGCAGGAGGAGAUGGCGUUGAGUGUGGUGGAUGCACACGUCAGGGAGAGGUUGAUUUGGCUGAGGCAGCAGCAGGAGGACAUGACCAUCUUGCUUUCUCAGGUGUCCACAGCCUGCUUGCACUGUGAGAAAACUCUUCAGCAGGAUGACUGUAGAGUUGUGCUGGCAAAGCAGGAGAUCAACUGUUUGCUGGAAACACUUCAGAAGCAGCAGCACCAGUUCACAGAGCUGGCAGAUCACAUUCAGCUGGAUGCUGGCAUCCCUGUCACCUUCACUAAGGACAACCGGGUCCACAUCGGUCCAAAGAUGGAGAUCCGUGUAGUCACACUUGGACUGGAUGGAGCUGGAAAAACCACCAUCCUCUUCAAACUGAAACAAGAUGAGUUCAUGCAGCCGAUCCCGACCAUCGGUUUCAAUGUGGAAACUGUUGAAUACAAGAACUUGAAAUUCACCAUCUGGGAUGUGGGUGGAAAACAUAAGCUCAGACCCCUCUGGAAACACUAUUACCUGAACACUCAAGCGGUGGUGUUCGUGAUUGACAGCUGUCACAGGGACAGACUGAUGGAGGCCCACAGCGAGCUGGCCAAGCUGCUGACAGAGAAAGAGCUAAGAGACGCCUUGUUGCUCAUCUUUGCAAACAAACAGGAUGUUCCCGGUGCCGUGUCUGUGGAGGAGAUGACGGAGUUACUGAGCCUACACAAGCUGUGCUGUGGGAGGAGCUGGCACAUUCAGGGCUGCGACGCCCGCAGUGGGAUGGGUCUUUACGAGGGCUUGGACUGGCUCUCUCGACAGCUGGUGGCAGCCGGCGUUCUCGACGUGGCUUAAAUAUCUCUGCCCUUCCGUGAGACUUUUCACUGAUGGCUGAACUCUCAAAACACAACCGUCAAACUCAUUUCGCACCACUCGUGUCGUCACUUCUGAACAUUUUCGUUCACUGCAGCUUGGAAGCUAGUGUUUGUCUUUCACCGCUCUCGUCUUUCCUUCUUUGUGCGUCACCGGGACAGAUGGCAAAAAGAAAGCUGUAAAUACUUUGGCAGAAAUGAUCCAACAUUUUUAUUUGUGACUUCACUUUGUUACAUCUUCUAUCACAUGAAUUUUCACCCAAUUUAAGCUCAUUUACACCCAUCGUGCUGAACUUUAUAAGGCAGCUCGCACAUCUCAACACGCUGCUUAGUUUCUCUUUGUUCUCACGUCACCUAUAGCUUGCCGAUUCCUUUCCAGUAAAUUUUUAGAAAUACUUUGUGUAUCCUGACAAUGGCUUUAUCACAUCUUACUCACCAUAACUACUAUAUGUGACUGUAAUUUAUUAAAUGCAGAGUAGUUGGUGUUGUAGUGACGGUGUCUUUUACCAAACCUUUUAUCAUAGAGAUGUCUAGAAGUUAAUAUUGUCUCAAGCUGCUCAACAGUGCCCUCUGCAUUCAGUGUGCACCUGCAAGAUGUUUCUUUUCAGUUUCAAGGAGUCGCAUUACACACCGUCUCAGCAAGCUGUGGCUCAACAGGUGUUUGAAAGAUAUUGAAGUUUACAGCCAGAAAUCCAACAUAGAUGGUGAAACAAUGCAUCUGAAAAGAAAAUAACCUGUUUUAUGAAAAGGAGUCCUACUCCCUCUUCCUUCAGGUGGGUGUCUGUCUUUGUUAUGCACAGACUGUUUGGGUAUGUCAUAGAGCACAGACUGACUCGGUGGGUGCGUCAUAGAGCUCAGACUGACUCGGUGGAUGUGUCUAACA